GGGAACCCGCCGUCCCGUCGCGGGAGGCGGUGCCGUGCGGUGCCCCCCGCGGGGGGCAGGGGCGGGGCGCGGAGGCCCGUUGCGCAGGGCGGGAAGGAAACCGAGCGGCCGGCCCGCCGAGAAACGGUUCGCGUCGCAGGCCCGGCCGGCGCGGCGCUGGGCCGCGCCAUGUCGCUGCUGCGGCAGGGCAGGAAGGGCCCCGGCAGGAGCGGCCCCGGCAGGAGCGGCCCCAGGAGGCCGCCGCCGGCCCUCAGGCGGGACUGGGACAGUACCGUCCAUGACUUGGCAGCCCUCCGUGCCACUCCAGAGGACAUCCUGCGCCGCCAUGAAAUGCACAAGUCAAAAAACAAAGCACUGGCACAUCUGGAACUGCAAGAAAAGGCACUGAAAAGAAAAUGGAGGAAGCAAAAACAGCUAUCUGCUGAUUCCUUGGAAGAAAGGAAGUUGACUCUGAUGCGUGAGAUUCUGUCUGAUCAAUACUAUUUGCAAGAUGUAUUGGAACGAUCUGAUCAGGCUCUGGCUGUGGCAAAAGACUUGCUUGGAGAUGCUCCUCGCACACGAACAGGUUUCCCUAAUGUGACAGUGGCUCCUCACUGUGACUUAGAAUCAUCUCAAGGACCCAUUGUACAAAAAUGUGAUCUUCACACUCAGCUUUCCAUCCUUAGUGAAUCUGUCAUGGAUUCCCAGGCCCUUAAUGAAGUGGUGGAGGAAGCAUUAUCAGCCUCUCCGUCAGCAGAUGGGCAUCAUGACUCUCUGAAUCUGAAAUCCAACAUCAAUUCUGACAGGCUGCUUCGGUUAUUGCGGGAAGACAAUUCCUUGGUCAAUUCUCCGUUGUGGGCUGAAAAGGAGAUGAGAAAAACUACUUUAUCACAGGAAUCAGAUAUGCCUUUGACUCCAACAGCUGUUUCACCGUCUUUGGAUCAGUCAGCUCUCAAUGCUACCAGUGUAGUCAAGAGAAUCUAUUCAAGACUUCAGAAUGAAGAUGAGGAAGAGAAUGUAGACUCCACUUACACUGUGAGAGACGUGCUGAACCCAAACAUGAGGAAACAAAAGCAAAUUGCAGCAAAAAUGAAAAGAAAACAAACUGCGCAGAACUCCACAAGACAGGGGAAAGGUGAUUCUCCAUCUAAUUCAAUCUCCGUUGACCUUCAGAAGGACAACAAAUCCAGCCUAGAUGUUCUCAGCAGCAUGAUACAUGAGGUGGAGCAUGAAUUAGAGGAAUAUGAGCGAUGUACAGGCCGUGAGGUUCAAAAAACUGAAAGAAGUGAAGGCCUCACUGGGUUUACCUUGUCGCUGGUGAAUGCUCUCUGUCGCUUGAUGCGCUACCUGAAAGAGAGUGAAAUGCAGUUGCGUGAGAAAGAGGUGAUGAGACAGCAGCAUGAGAUGAUGUUGCAUGAACACAGGGAACUGAUUGAUGCUCUGACUGCAGAAAUACUUCUAGUGAGGGAAGAAAACAGUAUUAUACAGAAGAAGCUUCAGCAAUACAUGAUGGUAACAGAUGAGCAGCUGAUCGCUCUCACACAAGCAUUUCAAGGCCUCCCUUUGGUAGAACCAAGAAGAGAACAAAGUCCAAACCAUUUUGGAAUUGCAAGCAAAAAUCCAGUGAAUGGCCAAGAAAAAUCUGAUAUGAGCUAUUUUGAGCCUAGGGCUGAUGCAGGCAACGGGGAAGGUAUGCUGAAAUUCCCACAGGAAGAACUUCCUUUCAAGUUUCCCCAGAGGUCAGGUGCUUCAAGUGUUUUGGGAGCUGGUAGAAGCUUGCCAUCUCAUGUCUUCCAGCCAGCUGUGCUGUUGUCACCUCCCCGGCAGAGGAGCAGUCAGGAAUUGUCUCCCCUCCAGAAUGUGUUUACAGCCAUUUCUCAGUCUCCUGAAAACAUGGAAAGAGAACCACACAAGGAAAGGAGCUCACCUUCUUCCCUGGUAGCACAGAGCACAACUGAGGGAGACUGUCUUAUCUCUCAAAGGCAAUCAAUUCCUCCCGCAGACAAAGACUUGGAGAGUUCCCAUGAGAAAGUCAGUCUAUCCUGGCCAGGUGACACUAGAAAAAGCAGUACAGCUGAAGAGUUAUUUCAGAAUGGUGAUCUGCUGAGACAGAUUGCUGAGCUCACACGGCAGAACUCACUAAUGAAGGCUCAGCUGAGCAGAUUUGGAGGCUUCUCUGAAGACAGAAGUGACUGCCUGCCAGACCCAAUACAAAAUGCAAAUGCUACUCCAGACUCUUCACAAGGACAGCAGACUCCUCUUACGGUAUCAAAGAGCUUGGAGGAGAGAAUAGCGGAGCUGAAUCGCCAGAGCACGGAAGCACGUGAUAAACUGCUGCAGCUGAUAGACCAGCAGAAAUUAGCUGCUGCUGAUGUGGUCCCUCCAGUGAGACCUCCUGCUCUGCCCCCAUCCCUAAAUAACACCGAAAAUGCAAGGAGGACAAUUGAAGUAUCUUUUCCUGUGGCAGUGUCUAUGGACAGCUCCAAAGAAGAUAGUGUUUCCUCUGCCAGUAUGACCAGUAUAAGAAGGUGUGUAGGAGAUUCUAGCAAGCCUAGUUCACCCCUAAGUGCCACGUCAGAAAGUGUGACAUUAACUCCUGCCAGCCAAAGACCAAAGGUGGAGAAGCAAAAAGAAGAAGGCUGGUUUGCAUUGUCAAUGCACAUUAUGUAAAGAAAGCUGUGAUCAAGUCCUGAUUAUUUUUUUUUUUUAUGAACCACAAUUAGAUCACAGUAAUCCCCCUCUCCAGAUCUACAGUUUAACUCUAAAGUGCUUUCAUGUCAGUGUUGUUAGUAUGAAAGGUCCAUAUGCUUAUUGUAUUUGUGCUGUAGAGAGCACUGUAGGAAGUCCUGGGGAUGAGUUUCUAAACUGGACAUGCUGCUGUGGCAUUGCCCUUUUUCACUGAAAAAAUCUUUCACAGGAUUGUGAACUGAGGCUGUUGUAGCAAUACAAAUAAGCAUCUGAUAGCUGUGAUAGAUAUGCUGAAGACAGGAGGUUUUGGCAUGUAGUCACCAAAGAUACAGGAAUGAAAAAAAAUAAGCAAGAACUAAGAUGGAGGGAGUGUACAGAUGUUCAGAAGCAACCUGCAGAUUAGGAAGCUAGUCUGUUUCUGCUGGUUGAAGAGUUUGCAUCAGAAAUAAUUUGUCCUUUCUGUGGUUUAAAGUUGCUUCCAAAAGUUGUGGUUUCUGUGCAGUUAAUUUAUCAGGGAUUACAUCUGGACUUGAGGAUUGCUUUUUAAAAAAAUCUUAUUUAGUAUUUUUAUGGUAAAUAUAAAGUGACUAUUUGAGGUUGAAGUCAGAAUUUCUAUUUGCUAUGUAUUAAAGUGUGCUUUUCUUGUUACAAUAGAAAUCUGUUUUGCGAGUACAAUUGUAUUAAGCAGCUUUGUUAUGUAUGUAUAUAGUACCUGCCAUGUUUUAAUAUUGUUUUUAUUUUACUUUUUUAAAUAGCCAUAAUUUUUUUCUUAACAGUUAACAAUAAAAUCUAGGACUGUGUGGAA